AUGGGAAAGAUAAAAGAAGAUCUCGGGAAGACUAACAACAGGCGAAACACUGAAGUCCCUGAAAAAAGCCUAUGGGAAAGAAACAAACAGUGUCCAUCACAGUUCCCUCCAAUGAAGAUGCCAAAGAAUGACAAGCUUGAUAUUUUCUUCUCAGAAAGAGAAGGUCGCAACAUUAGGCAAUCUCAUGACGACCCAUUGGUAAUCAUGCUUAGGUUAGAAGAGUUCAGCAUCCAUCAGUUUCCAACAACUCAUGGAGUAGAAAAAAUCAGAGGAGACCAAGUUCUGGCAAAAGAGUGCUAUCAAGUUGCUCUGGAAUCUGGAAAGAACCACACAUGGGUGAUCAAUGAACCAGAACCCAUUCCCGAACUAUCAAAAAAACCACAAGAAGUUGAGAUCGUCCUAAGAGAUUUGAAGAAGGAAGAUCAUACAUCAUCGUCUCAAUGUCAACCCAUAAUGCAAACCUGUGUAGCAGAAGCGAAGAAUAUUGCACCAAAGGGCAAUAAAGCUAUAACUAAAGAAGUAGAGAAGCUAUUAGAAGCCAAUUUCAUUAGGGAGGUCUUCUAUCCAAGUUGGCUAGUAAACGUGGUCAUGGUAAAGAAGAGUAAUGGCAAGCGGAGAACAUGCGUCAAUUUCAUAGACUUGAACAAAGCCUGCCUAAAAGAUAGCUUCCCCUUGCUGAGGAUUGAUCAGCUGGUAGACUCAACUACUGGACACAAGCUGUUAAGUUUUAUGGACACAUUUUAUGGAUACAACCAGAUUAUUAUGGAUGAAAACGAUCAAGAGAAGACCUUGGUUGUUACUAGCCAAGGGUUAUAUUGCUACAAAGUUAUGCCCUUUGGACUGAAGAAUGCAGGAGCCACCUACCAAAGAUUGGUGUACGUAGAUGAUAUGCUAGUUAAAAGAGAGGACGGAGCCAACACUUGGACGAUCUCAAAGAAACCUUCAGCACACUAUGCAAAUCCAUACAAAGUAAAAGCAAUAAUCAAGGUUAAAUCACCAAAAACAAUGAAAGAGGUGCAGAGCUUGACAGGAAAAGUUGCAGCCCUAAACAGAUUCGUCUCUAGGGUAACAGACAAGUGCAUGCCAUUCUUCAAGGUAUUGAAAAAAGGCUUUCAAUGGAAUGACAAAUGCAAGGAAGCCCUUGCCAAGUUAAAAGAGUACUUGACGAAGCCACCUCUAUUAAAUCCAUUGGUGAUGGGAGAGAAGCUGCUCCUCUACUUAGCAGUAUCCAACACUAUAGUAAGUUCAGCACUAAUCAAAGAAGAAGGGAACAUCCAGAAGCCAGUUUAUUAUACCAGCCAGGCAUUCCAAGGAGCAUAG